AUGAGAAAACUUAGAGCAACGCAGGAUUGGAAUCUAGGGGACUGCGAUAAAAGGUGGCACUCGAUGAAACUGGGGGAUAUCUUUCACACAAAUGGUGUUGAGAGGAAGGAGGAAUGGAGAAACAACGGGGCUGGCAAAAUCUAUAAAUUUGAUUGCUAUCUGGCGACGAACUCUGCUGGAAGAGUAGCUUUUGCUGUUAAAGUUUUUGCUGAGCAUAACGAUGCUGCGAACUUGUAUAAUCAUGGAGAAACAUUGACUCUAACUCAUGAGCUCCACGCCCUUCAAUACUGGUUGGGUGAAACGGUUCCAUUACUAUUUAUGAAAGACUCCUUCAACUUCAUGUAUCAAAGACGUGAUUUAGAUAAAAAAGGAGGGAAUGCGGAGAGAGGAUGGAGUGGUGCUCCAACUGUGUGGCUGAUGAACACUAACGAAGAAAGGCCGUUAUACAGCAAAGACGGGAGUUCAUCUAGGUCAGCCUUCUCUGAAGAUGGCCGAGGAGGAAUUGAGCCAACACCACAACUGAGAGCUGGGGUUCGUUUUGCCACAAGUGCAGUAUACUACCGACUAUACACCAAAGGCGGUCCACUUGAAUCGAUCAACCCCAUCUAUUCCAACGACCGCUUCAUCAGCCGCAUUUUGUCCACAUCAGUGAGACCACCUCACACUGUUGCAUCAUUCAAGAGGUAUCUAUGCAAAAUUGAAGACCUAGCUCCCGAAAACUGUACUCUGUAUCAGUCACUCACGGAAAACACAGCUUUGGAGGAUUCUACUCGUCUCUCCCUCCGAGGCACACCUGGGCCAGGUUCAUCUGUUGAUGAUCCGAUAGCGCUAGCGUCCAGUAAUGAGAGACAAUCGGCGGUGGAGAGUUCAGCAGCUUCAAAAGACCUACUUGAACAGGAUUUCGAGCAACGAUAUGUGUACUACCACAUUUACGACGAGCAGGGUGAAACCGUGUCAAAAACAUCCUUCGACCAGAACACUCCUUCUUUGGGUCGCGUCAACACUCUCGCUAUUCCACCACCUCACACUCUGGCUUCAUUGAAGAACCACCUUAUCAAAUCCGAAAAUAUCUUGGCCCCCAAUGUUCAGAUCUUCCAGGAUGAGGACAGCGAGUCUCCCUUAUAUGACACAGAUGUCAUCGCUCUUGUUUCUAAUUCUUUUCUGGGGUGUACGGAGGAUCAGCCGAUAGCGGUAACGUACGAAGUGCAGGGUGCAGGGGUUGCAAACAAUGUUAAUAAUGAGAACCCGAACGACAGAGAGGCGCAACUCCAGUCUGUUUUAAAUCAAACAAGAGAAGAGCUACGAAAAGCCAAAGAGGAAAUAGAAAGACUGAAACAGACACACAUGCGCGAGCUAGAUGAAGCGCGAGGAUCAUCAUCAUCUCAACCCCAACCUCGGCCUCUAGGGACGGGGAAACUUCAAACGAUGAGAAAACUUAGAGCAAAGAAGGAUUGGAAUCUAGGGGACUGCGAUAAAAGGUGGCACUCGAUGAAACUGGGGGAUAUCUUUCACACAAAUGGUGUUGAGAGGAAGGAGGAAUGGAGAAACAACGGGGCUGGCAAAAUCUAUAGUAUGGCGUAUUCGUGGAUUUGGUAUAUGAGUUCCAGAACACUGAUAUCGCCUUUAAUUCAAGAAUUUGAUUGCUAUCUGGCGACGAACUCUGCUGGAAGAGUAGCUUUUGCCGUUGCAGGGAGAAUCGUUGACUCUUUUUCCCGAUUUCCACAUCCUUCUGGUUGGGCGAAAUAG